AUGUCCUCUUCCAACAAUCCUAGAGGGUCAAUGAACCCUAUGAAAUGGUUCUCAUGCUGCUUCGACGGCGACAAUGAUGAAGACGAGCAGCCACAACAACCAACCCUGCAGACACGGCAGGCUCCCAGGACACGAUGGGACGCAGCACCGCCUGUAGAUCCUGCGCAGGAGGAAGGACCACCGCCGCCACCGUACGCGCUGUUCGACCCUCACCCAGAGGACUGCGAGUGCGCGAUCCACAUCCACAAGCCUCGACCGCAGCGGCCGAUCGUGGUCGAAGCAUUUCAAUCGCAAGGAUGCAACUCUUGUCCGCCGACCAACACGCUGCUUCUGUCGCUGCUGACCCUGGCGGACCCCAACAUCCUCGUCCUCGACUACCACGUCACGUACUGGGACCACCUGGGGUGGCCGGACCCGUUUGGGAUCCGCGAGGCCGACGCGCACCAGCGCGAAUACGCACAAGCCGGCGGCACGUCGAGAGUGUACACUCCGCAGGUGGUGGUGAACGGCCUGUCCGAGGGCGCGGGCAACUCGACGCGCAAGCUCGAGAAGCUGAUCAAGGACGGCGGCACCCUCGCGAGCCAGGACUGGCCGUGGCUGCUGUUCUCCAAGGUUGAGGGGGGCAUCUUGAUCAGAGAAGCCACCGCCGCAGCCGCGGCCACGGGUCGCCGGGGCAGAGUGCUCGAGGUCGUCUACGACCCUGCCCUGCGCGAGGUGGAGAUCCCUCGCGGCGAGAACGCCGGCAAGACGCUCGCCCACCGCAACGUCGUCAAAAGCGUCACCGCCCUCGGUGAAUGGAGAGGCGGCAGGGGAGUGGUCCAGCUGCCGCCGCACGAUCUGAGCAAUGGCCUGGAACGAGUGCUGAUUGUGCAAGAGGGGGUCGGUGGCCAGAUCAUCGGAGUCGCUCGAAUCCACUUCUAG